CAAACAUUAUUUACAUUAAUACUAUAUAGUAUAGUAGUUUGCAUAGUCCUGAAAAAAAAUAGUAGUUAUUGAUUAGCUAUUAGUGAACUACCUCAUUUUCUUGAGCACUAUGUUUACUUAUUGGUAAUACUUUAUAAUCAGUAUACACUAACAAAGCACUUCUAAAUAAUUUUCAAACCAUUGUUUAUGAGUAAUAGUUUAUAAACUGUAAUUAAUACAUUACUAGAGGUGAGUAAUUAUGUCCUUAACGAGCUAUUGCAGGUGUAUGAGGUCAAUAUUCUUGAGAACAGGAAUCAGCGGGAGGAGUUUUGAUGUCUGGUGCUGGCUGGGUUGCAAAAUUCCCCCGUCCCCUCUACUGCUGUUGGGGGUGGGGCUCUGCUUCUGAGUCUUGGAUCAUCAGGAUGAGUGGUAGGGAACUCAGUCAGUAAUGAAGGAUCAAGAAUGUCAUCUCGAGGUACCCAGGAUCUGUCUUCGGGACCAUAUACUCUCCAGCGUACUAAAUAUUCCAGCUGAUCUCCCCGUCAUCAGGAGUCCAGGAUGUUAUGGAGCUUAUAGGUGAUAUCUCAGAUGUCUCUGGUAGAGAGCCAGACCUUCUGCCCUGGGUGGUAAGUAGGCAUUGCAGUUCUCCUUGCAUCGUUCUGGCUUUUGUGUCUCUGAACUGAGCUGAGCUGAGACCCGGACCUCCUGAAAACCAAUGAUUUACAGCUGGAACAUCCGACAGCUCACCUGACCAGGGAAAAAUGUGCAUUUGGUAGCUGAGUUGUUCUGUUUUCUCUGUUCACAGAAGCGUUGCCGGUGCGUGUGAUCUGUUGAAUCCAUCUUAAACUAUUCCUCGGAUAAACUCUAACGCUGGUGCAUUGCCAUUGUGACUUACCUAUGAUGAGUUCACAGCUGAGCAGGUAUUUCACUCGUUGGAUGCGUCAGAGUCACAUUUGCGUAGACCGUACUACUGGAAUUCUUGAUUGGUUGACAGCAAGUUUCAAAUAUUAAAUGAAACGAGAAAAUAACGUUAUUAAGCAGUUAAUGGCCAUUUCAAAUUUUCAAUUCUGUUCGGAACUAUAAAAUCUGAUUUCAUUGCUGUUUCUGGUUCUGUUCCUGUCAAAAUUUCGUUCCGUUUCCGGUUUUCGUUACUUGGACCGGUUCAGAGCCCGGUAUUGAGUCCAAGAGGGACACUCAGAGGGUGGAUGGUACAUAAAUGCGUCCCUCAGGACCUCCCGGCGGGGCUGACUAGUGGCUUCAGCAAUUUGAUCGUCCAGUGACCACUGGAGAGGGCUGAAGAUGAUGGCCUGUAACACCUGUACUUCCGGGGAAUUUCUUGUGGAAAAGUUGGGUAACACUGCUCUGAACCAGCGUCUCAUCUCCAUAGCGUUGAACGCUCUGGAGCGGAUGCUCGUUCUGGAUCCAGACAAACGUGUCAGCGCUACAGAGAUGCUUGAGCUCCUGCUGUUCACAGAGUUCAGAGAACCAGAGGAAGAGACGGAGGCCCUGCCUUAUGAUCACUCUAUGGACAACACAGAAGUGACUCUCGAUUAAUGGAAACGUAUGAGAAAACAUCUUAAUAGUUAAAUUAUACGCUAAAAGAAUUGCUAGGAUUUUCCUGAGUAAGAUUGCAUGACUC